CGGGGCAGGAUAUUUUUGUUCACGCUGCAUGAAGCUCUGAGCGAGCGAUGCCAACCAAGCCCGAAAAGCCCAAGGGCGCGUCGCCCGUGAGAGCUGCGACCAAGAAAAGCCCACCGGUCAAGAAAGACGACAAGCCACCGGUAUCGCUGCCCCAGAUUGGGACCCCCAAAAGCUCCACCCCCAAAAGCUCGCCAACCAAGUCGUCGACAAGUCCCAAGAUGCAAAAGAUGCCAAGUCUCGACAAGACCGAGCUCACACCGCGCAUGACCAACGCCAAUACCAUCGAGAAAGCCGCGACCGAGCAAGCAGCGGCCGAGAAGGAAGCGGCUGAAAAGGAAGCGGCUGCGAAGGAAGCGGCCGAGCGGGCUGCGAAGCGCAAUGGCACCGUCAUUCUCAAGUACGAAAUGUACAGCGAGGAAUUUCCAAUUGUUGAGGGGUCGACGACGAUGGCAGCGAUCGACGACGUGUAUGCGCUCACGUUUGUCAUGCCCAACUGCCUCAUUCACCUCUCCCGGUGGGACCCGCCGACCAAAGUCGAGAUGGAAUCGCGUGACGCGAUGAACGUCUACGUGCGCGAAGAUCCGAUCGGGACAUACCAGGAUUUGGAGGCUGGUGAGACGUACUAUGUGUACGCAGAGCAAGAAGCCGAGCAGCUCGCAAAGGACCAGGCCAAGAUGCGUCAAGUCGCCGCAACCAUGGACGGCGCGGCGUGGACGGCGCCGUCGACGACCGAAACGUGCAGCUGUGUCAACGGCAACCCGUGCGUCGACGAGUACAACUGCAAAGAUUGGCACAACCGAUUUGCUGUCGCGACUACACACGGUUGGAAAGGCUUCUAG